AUGGCGCUCUUGGUCUUCAUCCUUAUUCGCGACCACAAUGGCGAGCUCAUGGCUUGUAGGGCUAAAACAUUGAGACCGCAUUACCCCGGCGGAAAAUCGUUGUACAUCAGUGCUUUGGAAGAGCGCAUCGCGUUCCUUGAAGCCCGUAUGCCAGACUUCGCUGAGGAUCACUUCACUGCAGCAACAUCAUCGGCCGAGGCACCACAGGAGAACAAGUUCGAGCGUCGAGAGUCUCAAGACUCCUUCUCGGAAGAGGAGCCCUCCUCUCUCGUUGAUGGUGUCGCGUACUUGUCCCUCUGUGCGUCCGGGACCACGGACACUGCGCCGGAGCCGUUCUACCUUGGCUCAAGCUCUGGGGCGACAAUUGCGAGAAUGAUCCAGUCUUCCAUAUUUCAUGGAGCCGGGGGAAGAGCCAUCAAUGAAGCCAUGACUGCGGCUCAGCCCGGAGUCCUUCGGCCACCGCUAUCAACAGGUUCCCCGUCUUCACAUUCCGAUGAGCCAAUGUCCGAAUUUCCCCAUCCGGAACAGGCAAAAAUGCUCUUUGACGUAUUCUUCGACCGGCUUCACACCCGCUGGCCUAUUUUAGACAGGAAGAUGUUUACUAUCCUGUUCGAAAAUCAGUACGGCCAGGGAGCUCUGCCGAUACAACAAAGAAGCAUCCUGCACCUCAUCUAUGCAAUCUCGGCCAGAUUUGUGCAGUUGAUGAAGAAGCCCUGUGACGUUGAUCCCGAAAUGCCUAGUGACGACCAAGCUUUCUGGGACCUGACAGCCCUGGGCAUCCCGCCAGCACCCCCCAAACCAGCUUGGUCAAAUAUGAAGCCGUUCAUUCACAUCAUCAAGCUCCGUCGAAUACAGUCGAGAAUCCACAGGCGCGUAUACCGUGUCGACAAAGAUGUCUUUGCGGGAUCGCCAGAUCAGAGAGCUAAACUUGACUCGAAGAUGACGGCGAUUCGGGGCGAACUAGACGAAUGGGCGAGAACGAUCCCACAUUCGCCGAAAGACUCCAAGUCCAUCACGUGGAUGUAUGAUCCAGAAAGCGCGUACCAUGAUUCAAGAGACUUCUUCAAUCUACAAUACCACAAGUCCAUAUUAUCGCUCUUCACCGUUCUGCUUCCCACUUUGAACACAUCCGACCCGAGAUUCGUGACAUGCGCACGAUCGGCAGCCUGCGUAUGCACCACAUAUAAGCGCCUCAAUCAGCAAAAGACUCUCAGUUAUACGAUGAUGGCACUGCACUCAUGUUUCAUUGCCGGGCUCACGCUCGUGUACUGCCUGUGGAGAGACCGCUCCUUCUUCUCAUACGACGCGCUGGAAGCUACUCGGGCUUGUUCUCAGUCACUCACGAUCUUUGGCGAGAAGUGGCCUGGAGCAGUCAAGUACCGCGACAUCUUUGAUGCUCUUUCCGGAAGUCUGUUCAAGACCAUUGUCAACCCAAGUUCCACUUCGGGUUCGGGGUUGAAGCCCCUCAAGGUAGACCUCGAAGCGGAGCCUGGAGUCUCACCGUCGAGUCCUGCCGUGUCGCCCAACACGCAACACGAAGGUAGGCCGAGUAUGAGCCAUGCUAUUUCUGAUGCAGUCAAAGAGGCGUUCAUGGAGGUGGAUGAAGAAGCACCAGGAGGGUGGCAAGGGUGGAGGAUGUUCAAUGAGAUGGUGCACGACGAUGCGAUACCUGAGCAUAUGGAAAUGAUUAGACACGAAGAAGUUCUACCCGGGGACGGAGGCGGCAAUGCAAAGGCGCCGGAGUACGACUCAACAUUUAUCCCGGAGGUACUUCCGAUAGGAACAGUGGACUCGGAAUGGGACUUUGGUGGUCUGGAGGGACAUUAUUAA